UACAUUUACUGCUCAGCUUGCUUAGAUUUUAUAAACUGCUGCUGGUUAAAAUGACAAUAUCUAAAAAAAAAUUAAGUAAUUGCAGAAAUGCUUAUCUAAUAUGCUUUGAGUACUUUUUAUUUAUUUAUUUCAAACCUGCAUUCAAAAUGUUCUAACAAAACAACAUAACAUGCAACAUAACAGACAUAUAAUACUGGUUUGAAAAGGAGGUUUGAGUACUUCUUCUGUGUUAUUUUUUUUGAAGUGUGGAUAUACACACCGUUUAAUCGUAUAGCUGCCUGUCUGUGUUAUAUAAAACUUUAAAAUACUCAAUUCAUGCUCGACUAGUAAUUUGUGUUAUUUUUGCAAUGACUAAACAAUCACCUCUUCAUACCGGCAUUUCCACUGUGCCCUGUGAAAGACGUGAUCAGCAGAUCUUCAGCAUAUUGUUCUGUAGGACUCACGCCUUGAUUUCCUGCAUGUGCUGGGAGGUUGCGAGCGCGAGGAAAGUACGCGGAAGCUCGUGAACGCGUUUGUUCCGCUCCCUCCUGUCAAUCAAAGAUAAAAAAACUGGUCAUGUCGCAAGCCAAGUCAUUUAUUUUCAUCGGCUAUAAUAAAAAGUUACUCUCGCGUAGUCGCAGAUAUGAACGAACACGCGCCCGAAGGAAAUGUGAACACGAGCGAAGGUCUGCUCGAGCACAGGUUGUGUGAUGGUCUCUCAUCGGAUGGUGUGAUCGCUCGGUCUGUUUGGAAGGCUGCUGAUCCUCGGAUCCGGACAGAAAUGAAAGGUCCCGCACGGAUGGUGAUCGUGCACCACACUGCGCUCCGGUACUGCGUUCAGCCGCGUGACAGUCUCGCUCAGCUCGCGUACAUCCAGAAUCUGCACAUGCACGAGCGAGAAUUUGACGAUAUCGGUUACAAUUUUCUGAUCUCAGGAGAUGGAUCGGUGUAUGAAGGGCGUGGAUGGGGAGUUGUUGGGGCUCAUGCAAAAGAACACAAUUGUGAUUCUGUUGGUAUAGCCUUCAUGGGUAACUUCAAUGAGGAAUUGCCAACUCCUGCAUCACUGACUGCUUUGCAGAGAUUGUUGCGUGUUGGAGAGAAUUCCGGACACGUGCGGCCUGACUUUGUGCUCGUGGGACACAGAGAUGUAGCAAAAACUGAAUGUCCGGGUGAAAAUGUAUACUCCGCAUUAACAAAACUAAGAACCCAAUUAGGAAAAAGGUGACUUUAGCAAGCAUAUUUGCUGUGCUUGAAUUGUUGUAUUUGUUAAAGUGUGUGAAUGAUGAUAGCACACUGUGGUUGUGCAUUAAAGGAAUUAAACAUGUUUAUUUUUGUCUCAGCUCUCUGUUUGUCCACUUCUCUAAUAAAAUAAUUGUUCAUAAAAUAACUGAGCAUUUAAGCUGUCUUGUGAGUCUUGUUAUAGUCUUCCAUAUAUAUAUUAUGAAUGUUACUUCGUACAUAUCCUCAAUAAUUAAAUCUGACAGUCCUGACAUUAUAAAAUUAAAUUAAAUUGAAAAUGUUGUGUAAUACACAGUGUGUAUGCUUUUUGUUUAAUAGGCUAUUUCAUUCUGGAAAAAACAUGCUGAAUCAGGAUAUUUUAUUUAUUGU